CCUUUUUGGUGUAAAUCUGGAGUCUAAUUCCGUAAUAUAUCACGGUACCUCGUAAAACCGACACUAAAACGUCCCGGCCUACAAAUCACCCGGCCAGAUUAUGAGUUCAUUGUAUUAUGCGAAUGCUUUAUUUUCUAAAUAUCAGGCCGCAAAUUCGGUUUUCCCCUCCGGAGUGUUUCCUGAGCAAACUUCGUGCGCCUUCGCCUCCAAUGCCCCGCGCGGCGGCGGCGGCGGCUAUGGCUCGGGCGCCACGGCCUCCUUCGCGGCCUCCAUGCCGGGCUUGUACCCCAGCGGCGGGGCCAUGCACCCCCAGGGCCCCGGCAUGUACCCCGGCGGCUACGGCCUGGAAGCCGGCUCCUUCAACAUGCACUGCUCCCCCUUCGAGCAGAACCUCUCCGUGAUGUGUCCCGGCGGCGGCGGAGAUGCCUCCAAACCCAACGGCAACAAAAGCGGGGACCAGAGGGACGCCGAGCUGAGGCACGAGAGCAACUUGCGCAUCUAUCCCUGGAUGCGGAGCACAGGGACUGACAGAAAACGAGGCCGCCAGACCUACACCAGGUACCAAACUCUGGAACUGGAGAAGGAAUUCCAUUACAACCGUUACUUGACCAGACGGCGACGUAUAGAGAUAGCCCACGCUUUGUGUCUUACAGAAAGACAGAUCAAAAUCUGGUUCCAGAACAGGCGCAUGAAGUGGAAAAAAGAAAACAAACCCGCAGGUCCGGGCUCCAACAGCCAGGACAAACCAGAGGCGGAGGAAGACGAGGAGGAAUGAAAAAGAAAGAGUGGGGAAAGGGUGGGGAGGAAGAAUGAGAGUGAAAGUGAAGGCAAGAGAGAGAGAGAGGUGGGCGAGAAGAAGCGUGGAGUGAAAAAAUAAGAGAGAGAACUGACCCUCCUGUCCCGAAAACGAAAGCAAGAACCAGAAAUGGGGGGGAAAAAAAGAAAGAACCAGUAAAGACUCUCAGUAAACUGAAAAGACGGUUGCUUCGCUUUCUUGACACUUGGAAAACUACCUAUAUUAAUUAACAUUUCUCUCCUCUUUUGUUGUUGUUUUUUUGUACGACAAAAUCGAUAUUAAACCUACCUAUUCAAUAUCUCUUUAGAAUAAAAUAUAGAUGACGUUUUUGGUUCCUUACGUGGGUCUUCAUAUUGUCAAGUCUUUGUACAUUGUUUUUGUUUCAAAAGAGGGUUCCUUCCCCUGUUUUUGUGUAAUUUUAUAAAAAAAAUGAAGUAAAAAUGUGGACGUGAUUAGCACUUUUUUCAUAGAAUACGUGGAGUCCAAAUGUAUGAAGGGAACACAAGGCUUAGCUAAAAUGUCUGUUGUACAUACUUCCAUGAGAUCCCUGUCUUUCUCUUCUCCUCUUCCUCCCCUCUUGGUAGAUUUGUGCCUCUCCGUCUGGUUGCUGGUGCUGUAUUUUUCAUGUUAUUUUCGCUCUUUUUUAUUUUUGGUUGGUAUAUAUUUUUACAUGUUCGGACAAUGGACCACUUCCUUUAUUAUUGCUGUCACUAGAGCAUUCGAAAUUAAUAUUGUAUGGAGUAAACAAAAGAAAACAACCAUGUAUAUGAUAGAUAGCAAAUAAUUUAAUCGUUGGCCAAGCCUUUUUUUAUUUGUAAUUCUGUGAUUACUAUGCGUAGAGAGACAGAAAAGAUUAAAAAAUAAUCUUACU